AUGUCUACGGAGCAGAGCAAUGGGGGCUUUUCUAAUGCCCAUGCUGAUGAACAUGGAUCCGCAGGGGAUCCAGCUUCACCAGAUGCAGCCCUGGCUGCAGUUCCACCACGGCAGGCUCAGAUCGAAGCCCCGCCAGAGAAAGAGCAGGCCUCGCGAUCAAUUAUCUUCCCCGUCGGGGGCCUAACAGGCCACACAGACAUGUACGAUGCAGGGGAGCUAUACAAGCCCAGCGAUUCGGACCGUCGGUUUAUGAUUACAGAUAUCCUCCGUGCCCCAGAUGACCCAAAUACAAUUCAACGUGCUUGGGAAAAGAAUAUUCCUGAUAGCUGCAACCUUAAUUACAAGCAGCUGAUGGCUAUUUUGCACCCUGGUAGGGUUCCGACCUCAGACAAGGCAGACGCCGAAAAAGCAUUCCAAGAAAAUAGACAUCGAACUCUCUUGCUAAUGAGUUUCAAGGGGUACAAUGGGCUGGAGCGGAGCUUGACAAACUCGUUCCUGGGCAGGCAAACAAAAACCACCAUUUCUUUCGGGGAGGAGGAUCUGCGAAGUCAACGGGUUCUUGCAGAUCUCUCCAACGAGACAUGA